CAGUAGUCUCCCGUUAAUUCACCCUCUAUCUCUCUCUCUCUCUCUCUCUGUAUGUGGUAUGAGAGGUUGCACAUCAGUACCGUUUUAGAUUCUGGAAAACACAAGAGGGGUAGACUAAAAAAAAAAGUCUUGGUAUCAACCAACAGGAGGGAGGUCAUACCUAGUUUAACAAAUUCAACAGAAUAUUGAUUCUCAGGAAUUAUUAUUGCUCUUCAUUUUCUUUCAAACUGGCUUGAUGUGAAAGGUAAGAGCCACUAGUAAUACCUAGCUGGACUACUGAUGCUGUGUUUUGAUACAGCAGCAAUCCAUUUCACUGGGAAACCUUCUCGGAUGAACUUUGUUUUUUUUUUCACUGAGGCACUGAUUUUGCUGCAGUUCUUAAUGUUGGAAUAAAAGGGAAGAUAUAAAAAUGAGUGAGGAAGCCAAAGAAAAGGGUGCCGCCAAGCUUGCUCACAGGAAAAAGAAAGGCAAAAAGUCUGACAGCAAUGCCAGUUACCUGAGAGCCGCACGGGCUGGAAACUUAGAAAAGGCCCUUGACUAUCUGAAGACUGGGGUCGACAUCAACAUCUGUAACCAGAAUGGGUUGAAUGCUCUUCACCUUGCUUCCAAAGAAGGCCACGUAGAGGUUGUUGUCGAGCUGAUAAAGCAGGGAGCUAAUGUGGAUGCAUCAACAAAGAAAGGAAACACUGCGCUACAUAUAGCCUCAUUAGCUGGACAGAACGAGGUGGUGAAAGAGCUGGUCACGAACGGAGCGAAUGUGAAUGCCCAAUCACAGAAUGGCUUCACACCGUUGUAUAUGGCAGCACAGGAAAACCACCUUGAAGUCGUCAAGUAUCUCCUUGACAAUGGCGCCACUCAAAGCAUUGCAACAGAGGAUGGUUUUACACCUCUGGCAGUUGCUCUGCAGCAAGGCCAUGACCAGGUGGUGUCUCUCUUGCUGGAGAAUGACACCAAAGGGAAGGUCCGGCUCCCCGCUCUUCACAUCGCAGCCCGCAAAGACGACACCAAGGCGGCCGCACUGCUUUUACAGAGCGAUCACAACGCAGACGUGGAGUCCAAGAUGGUGGUGAAUAGAACGACGGAGAGUGGCUUUACCCCGCUUCAUAUAGCUGCUCACUAUGGAAAUAUCAAUGUUGCCACACUGUUGCUCAACCGAGGUGCUGCUGUAGAUUUCACAGCGAGGAAUGACAUCACACCUCUGCAUGUUGCUUCAAAGAGAGGCAAUGGCAACAUGCUCAAGCUGUUGUUGGAGCGAGGAUCCAAAAUUGAUGCCAAAACAAAGGACGGACUGACCCCCUUACACUGUGGAGCACGAAGUGGCCAUGAACAAGUUGUAGAAAUGCUGCUUGAUCGUGGGGCCCCCAUUCUAUCCAAAACAAAGAAUGGACUGUCUCCACUACACAUGGCGACACAAGGGGAUCAUCUCAACUGCGUUCAGCUUCUGCUUCAGCAUGACGUGCCUGUUGAUGAUGUCACAAACGACUACUUGACAGCACUGCAUGUUGCCGCACACUGUGGUCACUAUAAGGUUGCCAAGGUCCUCUUAGACAAAAAGGCCAACCCGAAUGCCAAAGCACUGAAUGGUUUCACACCACUCCAUAUCGCCUGCAAGAAGAACCGUGUUAAAGUGAUGGAACUUUUGCUGAAGCUUGGAGCAUCGAUCCAAGCUGUUACUGAGUCAGGGCUAACACCAAUUCAUGUUGCUGCCUUUAUGGGACAUGAAAAUAUUGUGGCACAGUUAACACACCACGGAGCAUCUCCAAAUGCAACCAACGUGAGAGGAGAAACAGCACUCCACAUGGCUGCCAGGGCAGGACAAGCUGAGGUUGUUAAAUACCUUGUGAAGAACGGAGCUCAGGUUGAGGCGAAGGCUAAGGAUGACCAGACUCCACUGCACAUCUCUGCUCGCCUGGGAAAGGCUGAUAUUGUUCAGCAGUUGUUACACCACGGAGCAUCUCCCAACGCUUCCACGACUUCGGGUUACACUCCACUACACCUGGCCGUCCGUGAGGGGCAUGAAGACGUGGCCUCGGUCCUGCUGGAGCAGGGAGCCUCCCUGGCCAUCAACACAAAGAAAGGAUUUACUCCUUUACACGUGGCAGCAAAAUACGGGAAAAUUGAAGUUGCCAACCUUCUACUUCAAAAAUCCGCGUCUCCUGAUGCAGCAGGGAAGAGUGGUUUAACUCCACUGCAUGUAGCAGCACACUACGAUAACCAGAAAGUGGCACUUCUUCUCCUGGACCAGGGAGCCUCCCCACACGCAGCAGCAAAGAAUGGCUACACUCCAUUGCAUAUUGCUGCAAAAAAGAAUCAAAUGGAUAUUGCCACAACCCUGCUGGAAUAUGGGGCUGAUACAAAUGCAGUUACCCGGCAAGGCAUCAGCCCUGUACACCUGGCAGCACAGGAAGGGAAUGUGGACAUGGUCUCUUUGCUGCUUGCCAGGAAUGCCAACGUCAAUCUUGGCAACAAGAGUGGUUUGACGCCUCUCCAUUUAGCUGCUCAAGAAGACAGAGUAAAUGUUGCAGAGGUUCUUGUCAACCAAGGGGCGACAGUUGAUCCGCAGACAAAGAUGUGUUACACUCCAUUACAUGUCGCAUGUCACUAUGGGAAUGUGAAGAUGGUAAACUUCCUUUUGCAACAGCGCUCUAAAGUCAACGCCAAAACCAAGAAUGGGUACACUCCCCUCCAUCAAGCUGCCCAGCAAGGACACACCCAUAUCAUUAAUGUCCUGCUGCAACAUGGCGCUUCCCCUAAUGAGCUGACUGUGAAUGGCAACACUGCACUGUCCAUCGCCAGGAGACUUGGCUACAUCUCUGUGGUGGACACACUGAAGGUGGUAACAGAAGAAACACUGACCACUACGACUGUGACAGAAAAGCAUAAAAUGAAUGUUCCUGAAACAAUGAACGAGGUCCUUGAUAUGUCAGAUGAUGAAGUUCGUAAAGCCAAUGUUCCUGAAAUUCUCAAUGAAGCUGAAUAUAUUUCAGAUGUUGAAGAAGGUGAGGAUGCAAUAACUGGAGAUACUGACAAAUACCUGGGACCCCAAGACCUGAGAGAGCUGGGCGACGACUCUCUUCCUCAGGAAGGGUAUAUGGGCUUCAGCAUUGGAGGUCGCUCUGCCAGCCUCCGCUCCUUCAGUUCGGAUAGGUCUAACACCCUGAACAGAAGCUCAUUCGCCAGGGACAGCAUCAUGAUUGAAGAGAUCCUAGCCCCACCGAAGGAUACGCACCUGACAGUGACCAAGGGGUGUGACUCAGAUUCGCUGAGACGCUAUAGCUGGGCAGCAGAUGCCCUUGACAAUGUGAACCUUGUUUCCAGCCCUAUUCAUUCUGGCCUUUCCUCUCCACUUCCCCAGUAUGACUCAAGGUUUCUGGUCAGCUUCAUGGUUGACGCCCGUGGUGGUUCGAUGAGGGGCAGUCGCCACAAUGGCAUGCGGAUCAUUAUCCCUCCUCGGAAGUGCACGGCACCCACACGCAUCACCUGCCGACUGGUUAAGAGACACAAGCUUGCCAGCCCCCCGCCCAUGGUUGAGGGAGAGGGACUUACCAGUCGGCUUGUGGAAGUUGGGCCUGCAGGGGCACAGUUUUUGGGCCCUGUGAUAGUGGAAAUCCCCCAUUUUGGAUCAAUGCGAGGCAAAGAGAGAGAACUGAUUAUACUCAGGAGUGAGAACGGAGAGACUUGGAAGGAGCACCAGUACGACUGCAAGUCAGAAGACUUGAAUGAGGUUCUGAACGGAAUGGAUGAAGAACUUGACAGCUCGGAUGACCUGGAGAAGAAACGCAUUUGUCGAAUCUUCACUAAGGAUUUCCCCCAGUACUUUGCCGUGGUCUCUCGCAUUAAACAGGAGAGCAAUCAGAUGGGCCCUGAGGGGGGUGUCCUCCACAGCAUUACUGUGCCAAUGGUGCGGGCGUCUUUCCCAGAAGGGGCCUUGACCAAGAAAAUCCGUGUUGGUCUUCAGGCUCAGCCAGCCCCGGAUGAAAUUGUCAAAAAGAUUAUUGGAAAUAAAGCCACGUUCAGCCCGAUUGUAACCGUGGAACCCAGGAGGAGGAAGUUUCAUAAACCCAUCACCAUGACGAUUCCUGUGCCUCCUGCCUCUGGAGAAGGCGUAACCAAUGGAUACAAAGGAGACACCACUCCUUGUCUGAGACUCCUGUGCAGUAUAACGGGGGGCACCUCACCAGCCCAGUGGGAGGAUAUUACUGGAACCACCCCACUGACGUUUGUGAACGAAAGCGUUUCUUUUACAACGAAUGUUUCUGCCCGAUUUUGGCUCGCAGACUGCCACCAAGUCCCAGAAACUGUUGGGCUAGCGACGCAACUUUACAGAGAGUUAAUCUGUGUUCCCUACAUGGCCAAGUUUGUUGUAUUUGCCAAAAUGAAUGAUCCUGUAGAAUCCCGCCUGCGAUGCUUUUGCAUGACGGAUGACAAAGUGGACAAGACAUUGGAACAGCAGGAGAACUUUGAAGAAGUUGCCAGAAGCAAAGACAUUGAGGUUCUGGAAGGAAAACCAAUCUACGUCGAUUGCUAUGGCAAUCUGGCUCCUUUGACUAAAGCAGGACAGCAGCUGGUGUUUAAUUUUUAUGCAUUCAAGGAGAACAGACUGCCUUUCUGCGUGAAGGUACGAGACAAUAGUCAAGAGCCAUGUGGGCGAUUAUCGUUCCUAAAAGAGACGAAAAUCACAAAAGGAGUACCCCAGGCAGCGGUCUGCAACUUAAACAUUACACUGCCAACCCACAAGAAGGAAACCGAGUCAGAUCAAGACGAUGAGACUGAAAAACCAGAAAGACGCCAUGCCUUUGCAUCUUUAGCCUUACGUAAGCGCUACAGCUAUCUGGCUGAGCCUGGAAUGAAAACAGUUGACCGAAGUGCAGGAACAGCAAGAACACUGCCUGCUGCUUACGCUUACAAACCUGUCUUUUCAACACGAUCUUACCAGGCAUGGUCAACUGCUCCAAUUACCGUACCUGGGCAAGCGAAAUCUGGAUUCACAUCCUUAUCCAGCUCCUCUUCAAACACUCCAUCUGCUUCGCCAUUAAAGUCGGUCUGGUCUAUUUCUUCAGCAUCUCCAAUCAAGUCCACAUUCGGAGCUUCUACUGCAUCUUCAGAUAUAGCAUCUCCAAUCAGGUCAUUUAGAUCAAUUUCCUCACCAAUAAAGACUGUAGCGCAGCAAGCCCAAUACCCUGUUCAGAUGUCUACAACUUUAAUGUCUUCGCCUGGCAAAUCCUCAUUAGUGUCAGAAGCUGCCUCUGUAAAAGGACUUGCUGCUUCCCUUUCUUCAAGGACUUCCCCAAUCUCUACAGCAGGGUCUUUACUAGAAAGAUCCUCAAUCACUAUGACCCCACCAGCUUCCCCUAAAUCCACAGUUAACAUGUUUGCUUCAACAUUGCCAUUUAAAUCAGUUAUGACUUCUGCAGCACCUAUCACGUCUUCUGCUGUAAAGUCAAUAUCUGCCUUAUCUUCAAUUAAAUCCACAGCAGAUACCUCUGGUGCAUCUAAAGGAACGCCGACUUCCUCGAUGUCCUCUCCAGCUAAGUGUGCUGUAGCAUCUACUGGAACAAUGCUGCUUAACGGAUCAGUUUCACCAAUUAAAUACCCGUCAUCCUCAGCGACUAUUUUAAUCUCUGGAGUUACUUCUAGUUUGCAAGAAAAAAUACACGCAACAACACAAGCCGCAACCACAAGUGUCAGCGCUGCUAUUGAUGAAGUAGAAAAAACGUUCACUUCUGCCACUGCUCCUCUGAAAUGCAUGUCCUCUUCCACUUCCUCAGCUUUCCAGUCUGCCAGAGCUCCUGCAACAAGUUCCUUAUAUGCUUCUUUGCGAUCUACUUCUUCUUCAACAGCAUCUGUGACAUCUGCAACGAUUACUGUACCGGUAUAUUCGGUUGUGAAUGUUCUAUCGGAACCCCAACUCAAAAAACUGCCAGAGACAUCUGUUACAAAAUCAGCAGCUGCACUAUUGUCACCUAUUAAGACAUUGCCCACAGAGACACGAACACAGGCCCAGUCUUCGUUUUCAAGGACUUUGUCCCCAAUUAAAUCCUCCUUAUUCGUUUCCACCGCAGCACCUAAAUCAACCGCUGCAUCCACUUUAUCGUCAAGUCAGGAAAUACUGAAGGAUGUCGCUGAUAUGAAGGAGGAUCUAAUAAGAAUGACUGCUAUAUUGCAGACAGAUUCCUCCACGGCUAGUAAAACCAUCCACCCUGACGUGCCUAAGGAACCUAAAAUGGAAGAUGAGGAGCCAUUUAGAAUUGUUGAAAAGGUCAAGGAAGACCUUGUUAAAGUCAGCGAAAUCCUUAAGAAGGAUGUGACGUUUGUUGAUAAUAAAGACUCCUCUAAAGAGAACUCGCCAGAAGAAGACUGGGUUGAGUUUUCUAAAGAUGAAAUAGAGGAAGCCCAACAGAAUGCAAGGCAGUUUCUUCCAAGCUAUGAGACAGAAAGCGCUCAAGCAAAAACCAAAUCCAUUUCCGAAAAAGACUUUAACUUAUCAAAGGUAGUUGAUUAUUUGACAAAUGACAUUGGUGCUAGCUCUCUCUCAAAAAUAUCAGACAUUAAAUACAGAUACGAUGAAGUAAAGAAAGAGGGGGAAGAAAAGCAGAAACGUAUUCUAAAACCUGCUAUGGCUUUGCAAGAACACAAGCUUAAAAUGCCACCCUCAAGUAUGCGUUCUUCUGCUUCUGAGAAAGAAUUAUGCAAACUUGCAGAUGCCAUCUAUGGAAUAGAUGCAAUAUUAGAGUCUCCUGAUGACUUUUCGCAACACGACCAAGAUAAGAGCCCGCUGUCUGACAGUGGCUUUGAAACAAGAAGUGAAAAGACCCCAUCAGCACCACAAAGUGCCGAGAGCACUGGACCCAAACCAUUAUUUCAUGACGUGCCCAUUCCCCCUGUUAUUACAGAAACACGAACUGAGGUGGUCCGUGUUGUAAGAAGUUAUGAGCACUCCUCAGAUGAAACUCAGGAACCCCAAACAGAGGUAAUGGGGCCAUCGACAACACCUUCUAUGUUUGCAGAAUCUGAACAAAAGCAAAUUGGAUCUAUAAAAGACAAAGUUAAGGCUUUUCAGAUGAAAGUUAAUUCUGAGGAGGAUGACCACAAAUGUGUUGUAAGCAAGGGCAUGUGUGUUAAAGAAGAGACUCAUAUUACAACCACCACCCGAAUGGUUUACCAUAAGCCCCCCUGCAAAGAAAAUACUUCUGAAAGGAUUGAGGAAACCAUGUCUGUCAGGGACAUUAUGAAAGCAUUUCAGUCAGGGAGAGACCCCUCCAAAGAGCUAGCUGGUCUAUUCGAGCACAGGGCUGGUACUGAAUCCCCCAAGGGUGCUGAAACAAUACAGAGGUGUGCUGAAAAAGACACAUCAGCAAAACCCAAGAUAGAAAGACUAAUCGAGGUUCAUAUUGAAAAAGGUAACAAGGCCGAACCAACUGAAGUCAUCAUAAGGGAAACAAAAAAGCACCCUGAGAAAGAACGGUAUGUUUAUCAGAGAGAUCCAUUGCAGGGAGAUCAAGGGUUAAAAGAGCCGACAGACAAACUAGAUGCAGAUGAAGAAGCUCAACAGGAAGAGGAGGAGCUUACAGCAGAGGAAUCAAUUCCUUCUUAUUUAGAAUCUUCUAGAGUAAACACGCCUGUCUCCCAGGAAGAAGACAGUCGACCUAGUUCAGCACAGCUCAUGUCUGACGAUUCUUAUAAAACGUUAAAGCUAUUAAGCCAAAACUCUGUAGAAUACCACGACGAUGAGCUGUCAGAGUUAAGGGGAGAGUCGUACAGUUUUGCCGAAAAAAUGCUUCUCUCUGAAAAGUUAGAUAUAUCUCGUUCCGACACAGAGGACUCUAUGACUGACCAGACACAUGCUCGUAGUUCAGAGUUGCAGGGGGCUGGGAGGCAAUACAGUGAAAAAAUGCCCUCAGCUUCCAAGAAGGAAUUCCUAUUAAAGUCCUCAAAAGACACAUCAGAGAAUGGAGCAGGGAAAAUGACUAACCAAGAUGACCAAUACGACAAGCUCACAGUCUUGCACUGUACUGCAGAGCCAGGUAGUCCAAAGCAUGCACUGUGGAUGCGUUUCACUGAAGAUAGACUUGACAGAGGUAGAGAAAAACUCAUGUAUGAAGACAGAGUAGACCAGACUGUUAAAGAAGCAGAAGAGAAGCUGACUGAGGUUUCUCAGUUUUUUCGUGACAAAACAGAGAAACUGAAUGAUGAGCUCCAGUCUCCAGAGAAGAAGUCAAAAAAAAGAGAAGCCAGAGAAACCAGGUCGGGCCCCAGCUCUACCAGCGGUAGCCCUGAAAAGAUGCAGCUUAAUGAUGCAGGAGCCAGUGAGGAGUGGGGUAAGGCCAGGCUAAGAGAGCAGUCUGUGGGGAAAUUGUUUGGUAGCAGCUCUGAUGAAAGGAAAUGCACUAGCUUGCCAAACAGUCCUGAAAGGCGAGUAUUUUCACGGUUUACGGAAGAGAAAAAGAAACAGGAGGCAGACAGUGUUUCGCAAAGUAAACCAGGUGAGGCUUCCCAGCCUUUUCAACUCAAACAAUCAAAAGUGAGCUCGGUAAGACUAAAAUUUGAACCAGAUCAGUUUCAGCAGCCACAUCAAGAAAAGGGUCCACAGUUGGGUCAGUCAAAACCCCCAGUGAAAAAGCUGCAGGAGAGCAAACUUCCAGUGUAUCAUGAAAAGGCUACUCGAAAUAAAGAAAUAGACAGUUCAAAAGAAACACCUGCCCCUGCCCGAGGUUGUGAUGGCUUUAAGUUAGAUAUUUCUUCUCCAGUUGCUCAGAAACUAACAAGAGAGAACCUGCCUCAGAAAGCCAUGUCUGAAACUACUUCUGUGAAACAUACACAAGGUGUUAAUGGCAAAGACUCUGAUUCACAAACAAAUGCAGAUAGGGAAAAAAAGAUUUUCAGGACUUGGGAAAGCCCUGGAAAUUUGAACCGUAAGUCACAGAAUGAAAAACUUACACAUACCCUUGUACAGGAUACAUUACAAGAUAGCAGUGACAAUGAUAGUAAGGAACCUGAAAAACACCAAGUGGUUUCAGUCACAGAAAAAGUGAGACAAUUUUCAAAAAACGGGUCUCCAAUUAAGGAGGCUGUAGUAACGUCUCCUUCAAAAAAAAUAAACUACAAAGAGCUUGUCAUUCAGGAAGAAGAUGACAACACCAGAACUUUAAAGAAAAAGACUGAAUCAAGUCCAUCGCAGAUCCCAGUUAGAAUGUCGGAAAGCAAUGGAAAUCAAACCAAAAGGCCAAAGCCAGAAUCAUUAAUCAAGCCCUCAGACAGAAGUGGUUCGCAAAUACCAGCUCUAGUGAAAAACAGGUUUCAAACUAGCAAAGAAAGGAGUCCAUCUAAGGAUGAGAUGGAAUCAUCUGCAAGCAGAUCUCCAGAUUCUUUAGACUGUUGUCCCUGCUCGGUAGAAUGCAUAGAAAAAGUAGCUCCUUUAGUAACUGCUGAAAGCUUCAAAGAGAUUAAGACUUUACCUGUUUAUGUUAGUAUUGUCCAAGUAGGAAAACAGUAUGAAAAGGAAACUACAAAUGGGCAACUAAAAAUAGUUAGUCAAGAAAGCAGGACUGUGCAAGAGAGGGGGGGAUUUCAUACAGUAAAACAAAAACAGCUUCCGUCUCCUCAAGGUAGUCCAGAAGAUGAUACUUUGGAGCAAGUCUCUUUUUUGGACAGUUCUGGAAAGAGUCCCCUGACACCUGAAACACCUAGUUCUGAGGAGGUGAGCUAUGAUCUCACCUCCAGAACUCCUGAUUCGCUUAUAGGUUUUAUACCAGGUAAACCUAGUCCUAUUCCAGAAGUGUCUGAAGAAUCAGAGGAGGAAGAACCUUGCAAGGCUUUUUCAUUUAAGGAAUCUCCACCAGAAAGGACUAAAUCUUCUACCUCAGUGCCCACAAAUGGAAGUAAGGAAUGUGGAAAAACAACAAAAGAUAAGCGAAUUGCUUACAUUGAGUUUCCUCCACCUCCUCCAUUAGAUUCGGAACUAUCAGAUGCAGAAAAGAAGGGGUCCCACCAUUCCACUGACACUGAGACAGAAAUGAUAGAAGUCAACCUCCAAGAAGAACAUGACAAGCACCUUUUAGCUGAACCAAUUAUAAGAGUUCAGCCGCCAUCUCCUCUACCUCCGGGAGCUGAUGAUAGUGACUCAAGUGAUGAUGAAUCUGUCUUUCAACCAAUUCCAUUUAGGAAGUACACCUUCAAGAUCAAGGAGGACGAAGAGGAGCAUCAAGCUAUAGCUAAAGCUAAGAAAAUAGAGCAAAAUGGAAACUAUAAAGAAUCUAAUGCCAACAGGGGUGGGAAAGGAGAUGAUGUUGAGUGUGAACAAAAUGGGAAUGACCAAUCGAUAACCGACUGUUCAAUCGCAACCACAGCAGAGUUUUCACAUGACACAGAUGCCACAGAAAUUGACUCUCUGGAUGGCUAUGACCUACAAGAUGAAGAUGAUGGCUUGAGUGAACAAGACCUGAAACCUGCAAAAGAGGGUAAAAUAGGUGUCUGGGCCUCAGAAGGGAUGCUGAAGUCAAGUGACCGCUCCUUUAGCCAAAGUAAGCUUGAAGUCAUUGAAGAAGAAGGUAAGGUAGCAAACGAGGAUGUCAAAAAAGGGACAAAAGGUAUUUCUUCGGACAAGAAAUCUGAAGAUGCAACAUACACCAAUGGCCAGGAUUUCACCUUGGAAGGAAGGCCCCCUGAAAGACAUGGCUUUGCUGAUACCUACUUUAGUUACAAGUUGGAGGAAGAGUUUGCAACCCCGUUUAAAACCGUUGCAACAAAAAGCCUAGAUUUUGAUCCAUGGUCAAGCAAAGGAGGCGAGGAUGAAGUCUUUGAUGCUAGGAUUAAAGAUGAUUCCAAGCCUUUUGGUUUAGCUGUAGAGGACAAGUCUCAAGUAACAACACCAGACUCAACCCCUGCCAGAACCCCAACUGAUGAAAGUACUCCAACUAGCGAGCCUAAUCCCUUCCCAUUUCACGAAGGGAAGAUGUUUGAGAUGACUCGCAGUGGUGCAAUUGACAUGAGCAAGAGGGAUUUUGUUGAAGAAAGGCUUCAGUUUUUUCAGAUUGGUGAGCAUACUUCUGAAGGGAAGUCAAAGGGGGACAAAGGGGAUGGGGUUAAAACGACAGGUGUAGCCACUACACAACCACAGUCAUGGGAAACAACUAAAGAAAUAAAGGUAGAAGCCCCCAAAAAAAUUAUAACAACUGAGGUUGUGCUUAUCCAGACUAGCACUGAGUGCCUGGACACAUCGUCAGGCAGCCACAUAGUGGAGAAUUCCUCCUGUACUGUAACUACCUCUAAAGUUGAUUCUAAAUUACGUACUCCUAUUAAAAUGGGAAUCACUGCUUCUAUGACUAUAAAAAAAGAUGCUGGUUCUUCAGAUGACUAUAAUGCUGAGGCUGUUACACCAGAUUAUCACAUUUUAGACAGCACAGACUUAGAAACACAUACAUAUACUAAAACAGAUUAUAGUGAGGAAAUAAAACAGCAACCAGAAAGGAAAGAGUUUCUGAAAGAUAACUGUAACAAUAACAACAACAUUGAUUCAUUAAUUUUUUUUGCAAACUUCAACCAGUUUGACAGUGUAGUGUUUAAUUUGCAAUCCACACCUGAGCCUUCAGUGUUAAACAUUAAUCUUGGAGAAAGCUUGCUUGGUAGGGAGUCAGGGAAAAUAAAGGACAGCAAUGACCAAUGUGAACAUAGAGAGCAACACAAACCAGAAGUGAAACAGCCCAAAUCAAGGCUACCAGUCAAGGCCUCUCGCUCCCAAAAUACUCAGAAGACAGUGAAGAAUAGGUUGAAACAGCCAGCCAAGACCGAUGCAAGAAAAAGAGUAGACACCAGUGCAUGUUUGGAACCCAGAUCGAGAAUCCCAAUCAAAGAUAUUACUAGGAGUAACAUGAGCACUCCUAUAACAGUGCAGAUCUUAUCCAGACCAGCAAAGACAGAGAAAGAAAAAGCUAGGCAGUUACCUUCCAGGCUACCAGUUAAAGACAGAACUAGCUGCAGUGCCAGCACAGUUAUUGAAACAAGCAGAGAUCAGCUGAGUGAGGUGUGUAAGCGUUCAAUUGAAUAUUUUAAGGAAAUUAGUGGCGAGACAUUAAAACUCGUGGACCGCCUUUCUGAUGAAGAGAAAAAGAUGCAGUCAGAAAUGUCUGAUGAUGAAGACAGCACGUCAAGAAGCACGACAAUGUCAGAAGCUGCUCAAGUAUGCCAACCCUCCAUUCCCUCGAGGUCUGCUAGAGACUUGAAAACUGAGGCAGCGCCUAUAAAAUCAAAGGUUCAAAAGGCCGACAGUGAGAGAAGGAGAAGUAGGAGGACGGGUGGAAAUGAAGGCAGUCAGGUUUCUGGGCCUCACGUGGCUCACAUCGUGGAGAUCAAGCCUAGUCCACAGAGUCCCUGUGAGAGGACUGAUCUAAGAAUGGCAAUUGUAGCCGAUCACCUGGGUCUGAGCUGGACUGAGCUGGCGAGAGAAAUGGAUUUCUCAGUCGAUGAAAUAAACCACAUUCGAGUGGAGAACCCCAACUCAUUGAUUGCACAAAGUUUCAUGCUAUUAAAAAAAUGGGUUAGCAGAGAUGGAAAAAAUGCUACAACUGAUGCCUUAACUGCUGUGCUGACAAAGAUCAAUCGGAUGGAUAUUGUGACCUUGCUGGAAGGCCCAAUAUUUGAUUAUGGUAACAUUUCAGGCACAAGAAGUUUUGCAGAUGAUAGCGCUGUUUUCCUGGAUCAGGCUGAUGGUUACUGCGACAUCCAAAGGGAACUUCAGACUCCCACUGAGCUGAAUUAUGUGCCCCCCACCCCUCUCCGGAAAGAUGAUUUUUUUAGAGAUAUGUGUAGCGUAGACUCUCCUUUUAGAACUCCCAGUAGACCCAGCAAUCUUUCAUUGUCUCUGGAAUCACAAAGCUGCUCUACUGCUGGUAAGCCGCCCGUAGUUGCUGCAGAAGAUACUUCCUUGGGAGAUCGGCGGUUUGAUGGCUCAGACGUGCCUUGUCAAGAAAGAGACAAAUCUGUCACUGAUCAGGAUGAGGACCAUAAAGACAGAUCAGAUGAUCACGAAGAGGACAAUGAAGAUCCAGGAGUCGCCAAAAUGCACAGCACAUUUUUGGAGAGACUGCAGCAAGAGGAUGACGAGCCCCAAUCAGUGGAAUCGGACAUGGCUCGACCCGUUCUAGUUUACUCGGAGGAAGAAGGCAGUGGGUCUGGUUCUGAGGAGGAGGAGGAGGAGGAGGAGGAGGAGAUGGAGAUGAUAGAAACAAAAAUGAAGUCUCUUCUGCAAGACCUGAGACUGGAGGAAGGUGAAGAGGGUGAGGAGAUGACAGAGGAGAAAGUGCAGUCUAUUUUAAAACCAGUGCAACAAUCAGAAAAAGAAAUGUCUUCAAUUCCAGGUUGGAACAACGAGUCGUCAAGUGUACAUGUGGAGCCCCCAACUCCGGGUCGCAGUUUAAGCUCUGACUUGCUAGAUCGACAGGAAAGCAGCCAAGAGCAGUCCAGUGACUCCAUGACCUCAUCCUCUAAUGGACACACAGGGAAGCUCAAGCAGAAUGGCGAGCGUGCGGACCUGUCCUCCCCACUGUCAGUGACUACACCUGUGGUGCAGGAACCUGCUAAUGGAGUGAAAGGUCCGAUCCAGAGAGAAGCACAGAAGCAGAAAGUGCCGAAGGGUUCAGUGCGAAUUGAAGAGCACACGGGGCUGAGCUACCCCAGAUGCCAAGAAGAGACGACAAAGCCUAUUGUGGAAGAGCCAGUGACACCCUCGUCUGUCAGUGGUAAACGAACAAGCUGGGACUCACCAGAAGAUGACAAACCAGGACCAAGCACAAAGGAGGAAGUCACUCUGAUAUCCAAGCACAAAGUGCAGGCGCAUAGGGAUAGUGAAUCGAGCUCGGAUGAAGAACAGACUGUCACCACCAGAGUUAUCCGGAGACGGGUGAUUUUAAAGGGAGAGCAAGCAAAAAACAUUCCUGGUGAAUCAGUCACAGAAGAACAGUUCACAGAUGAAGACGGCAACAUCAUAACGAGAAAAAUCAUCAGGAAAGUAAUCAGACGUGUGGUUACUGCAGAGGACAGAGAACUUGAAAAAGGGAGAAAGGAACGAGACUACAAAGAAACGCUAAACAUAGAGGAGGAGGACUAUUCUAAAUACUCAGAAACCCAAACUACACAGCCGGAGCAGGGUGAAGGACACAAGAUUAAAGUGAAAAAAGAAGUCCGACAUGUAGAGAAAAAGAUCCAUUCAUAAUGUUCACUGUGCUCCCUAAAGGUACACAUACUGUAUCAGAAUCCUGGGCAGAGAAUACUGGAAAUAAAACCUGAUGAUCUAAGAAAUCACCACAAUACAGUGUGUCUGCUGCUUCCACACAUUAACGCAUGGUUUUUCGCAAGAGGACAUUUUGAUUUAGCAUGAGCAUGGAAACUCACUUUCUUUCAAUGAACUGGAGCAUUAUAAUUAAUAACAUGAUGUGCCAUGGUGUUAAAAAUACUCUCUUUUCAGUUGAAAUGGUGUCAAUCAAAAAUGAAAACAACAAAAUAAAACAAGAACAUUUACUGUGACCAAAAGAUGGCACAAAAGAAAACAGAUGGGUGAUAUAGGAGGGACUCUUUUUUGAAUCACCAACUACAACUACUGCACUCGCCUUAUAUCUUUCUUGGACCCAUAAUGUCAGGGUGAAAAAUUCAGUUUGUUUCUUUUUAACAAAAAUGAUCAGUGAUUUUGCUGUAUAUAAAUUACACUGUGUAAAUUCUACAAUAAGUAGCUCACAUAUUACGAAGGCACUGACUUAAAAGAACAUUACAAGUGCUUUGAAAUGAAAUGGCAAUGUUGUAGUGGGUCCACUUUUACAGAAAAAAAAAGGUUUGAGUGUAACUUUACAGAUUCUUGUAUAAUUAUUAGCAGGUAUAAUGUUUGUAAAUGAAAAAAAUGAAAAAAUAGGCUUGAUUUUAACAGAAGAAAAUGUUUUCUUUACAAUCUGCAGCAACUUUCAAUAAUUCCCCAAAUGGGAAUACCUGUAGUUCUGUGAAAACUUUUCUUCAGAGUACUAAUAUUUUGAUGCAUGCGAUUCACCUUAUUUUAAUUACAAUUUUUCUAAGUUUGAAAACUCUAUAAUAAUAAAUAGGAAUAACAACACAUUUUAUCAGUGUAAACAAAUAGCCCUAACAUGUGUCACUGUCUGCAGUUUUUUUAAGAAAAAUACCCUAGACAUUGAUUAUCCAACACGCAAAACAAGGAGGUGGCUAGGGGCACUUAAUUUUACUUGCUUAAAGAAAGGAUAACUGCUUGCAAAUGAAUAAAACGAAGUGCUGCUUUGGCAGGCACAGGCUUGAAAUCUAUGAAAGAAAAAUGAUCCGAAUGUAUAUGUGAGUAGACUGGCACGCUGUAAAAUUAUAAUUGUAUCAUGUGUAUUGGCUAUAAGGUGUAGAAUCUUUCUAUAAGCCGAUCAUUAGUUAUCAUUCUAGCAGUGUAAUAAUAGGUUUUAAAGGCUGCUGUGGUUAAAAAGGGGGCAUUUUUAUUUGGGUUUUGGUGAAAUAUUUCCUUUUGUUGAUUCUGUUCAUAUGAGGACACCUAAGGCAUUUGUUGAUAGUAGCGCUAAUAACAUAUGUAUUGGAAAAUAAAAAAAACAUCAAACACUGGAUGAUCUAGUUGAUUAUUUAAGCAUAAAAUAAAUUGUCUUUAAACUCUG